CUCGAACGGUGCUCCCGGCCGACGCAUUAACAGCCGCCGGACAAUGCAGACUGCCACCUACAGAGUGAUGGACUCUCGAGCCGUAGCCAGAUUCACGUGGCGUAUGAGUAGUCACGCGGGUGUUAGAGGCGCGACCAAGCCGUUACCUUUCGGCUACUCUGAAGACAAACACGCAUUAACACGCUGCGUUGUAAGUCCACUGCUGAAUGAAGGCAUCCCCACUCACUCUGGCGUGUCGACUGGCCGCACCACCACGCUUCAUCAGACUCGUCAGUGCGGGUUGGUGAAGGGGAUGGUGCAGGGAGAUUGCUCCGGAUAUCACUCGCCACUUAUGUAUAAGCCAUGGUCGGAGAUUGAACUCAGGUCGCAGCGCGCUAACGCACGCUGCCACUGAACCACGUACGCCUUGCGCUAAUAGCCACGACAUAUAUUCGUAUAUCAUACACGUGGCAUGGAAAGCAUAUCUCUCCGUAAUAGAGUGAUUUCCAGUGUCUUAUAACAUUGAAAGCCUUGUCCAUGACACCUUCAAUAGCGCUGUUUGUUGUGGGGCCCUUGGCGUUUUGGGUCUGUGCCGUGACGGUGUUUAAAACGACGAUGAUGACGACGACGACGACGAUGAUAUUACCACGGCUGUUUAACCAAACCGCAGGGGCCCCUCGCGGCGCUCUCCAACGCUGUGCGGCUGCUGUUUAACGGGGAGUAGGGCAGGGCGCUAGGGGCAGCGACACUCAAAUAAAUAAAUUAAUGAGGGCUGGGGGCCGUGCGUCGAGGCGGGUGGUGAAACCGGGCUCUAAUUAAACUGUGCGUGAAGCUUCCCCUCAUUUACACCACCAACCCCUCCUCCUACUCACCCCCCCCCCUCUCUCUCGCCGUGCCGAUAAAGCAGCUGCGUGGGAGGUAGCGCGACCCAUCAGCCCUACCCGGGACCACUGCGCCGUCUCGCUCUAACCUCUCGGCAGUAGCUGGAGAUGCAGCAGUAGCCGCUGCAGAUCAUCCGGCGACCGCUCUCAAGCUUCCCCGCUCGCAUCCGGGGCCUGCGUUCGGAUCCAAGAGGAGUGGACGCGUCCCAGAGCUCUCGUCCCGCGGCGUCCACGCGAUGGAGCGCGGCGGCGGCGGCGGCGGCGGUGGCGUCGCGGGGCUGCUGCUCGCUCUGUGCGCGCUCUGCGGGUGGUGCACGGCCGGCGGCUCGGCCGCUUCGCGCUACGGCCUCAGCAUGUUCGCCGCGCAGCAGCAGGGCCUGCCCCCGGACCCGUGCAGCGAUGAGGCCGGCAACCCUCGCCGCUGCAUCCCGGACUUCGUGAACGCCGCGUUCGGCAGGGAGGUGCGCGCCUCGAGUUCGUGCGGGAAGCCCCCGGCGCGGUUCUGCUCGGGUGGCCUCCUCGAGGAGCGCGGCGGUGGCGUGGCCGCCGUGCGCUCGUGCCACGUGUGCGACGCUUCGGACCCGAAGCGCGCUCACCCUCCCGCCUACCUCACCGACCUCAACAACCCGCACAACCUCACGUGCUGGCAGUCCGACAGCAACGUGCAGCCCCCGCUCAACGUCACGCUCAGCCUUGCGCUCGGCAAGAAGUUCGAGGUGACCUACGUGAGCCUGCAGUUCUGCUCGGUGCGCCCCGAGUCCAUGGCCAUCUUCAAGUCGGCCGACCACGGCAAAACGUGGGUGCCCUUCCAGUUCUACUCGACGCAGUGCCGCAAGAUGUACGCGCGGCCCAACAGGGCGACCGUCACCAAACAGAACGAGCAGGAGGCGCUCUGCACGGACGCGCAUCUCGAGGCGCGCUCGCAGGGAGCCGCGGCCGCAUCCUCUUCAUCGUCGUCGGCUGCAGGAGACGGGCUGGUGGCGUUCAGCACCCUGGACGGGCGCCCCUCGGCGCACGACUUUGACAGCAGCCCCGUGCUGCAGGACUGGGUCACGGCCACGGACAUCCGCGUGGUGUUCAGCCGCCUCCACGCGCCCGCGCCGCCGCCGCCGCUGCCGCCACACGACGACGGCGCCCAGCACCCGGGGGGCGCCGCGGAGUCCCCCCUCCAGGAGGGCCCCGGGGCUCUGCCGCACCUGUCGCAGGGGGCCCGCGACUCGCACUUCUACGCCGUGGCCGACCUGCAGGUGGGCGGCCGCUGCAAGUGCAAUGGCCACGCGGCGCGCUGCGUGCGCGGCGAGCGGGACGGCGCCAUGGCGUGCGACUGCAAGCACAGCACUGCGGGACCCGACUGCGACCAGUGCAAGCCCUUCCACCACGACCGGCCCUGGCAGAGGGCCACCGCCCGCGACGCCAACGAGUGCGUGGCGUGCAACUGCAAUCUGCACGCACGCAAGUGCCGCUUCAACAUGGAGCUGUACAAGCUGUCGGGCCGCAAGAGCGGCGGCAUCUGCCUCAACUGCCGGCACAACACGGCCGGGCGGCACUGCCACUACUGCAAGGAGGGCUUCUACCGCGACCUCGGCAAGCACAUCAGCGACCGCAAGGCCUGCAAGCCGUGUGACUGCCACCCGGUUGGCGCGGCGGGCAAGACGUGCAACCAGACGACGGGGCAGUGCCCCUGCAAGGACGGCGUCACGGGGAACACGUGCAACCGCUGUGCCAAGGGCUUCCAGCAGAGCCGCUCGCACAUCGCGCCCUGCAUAAAGAUCCCCGUGGUUCCGCCCACGAGUCCCACGGUCAGCAUCGACUCCACAGAUUGCGAGGCCUACUGCAAAGUUCCAAAGAGCAAGCAGAAGCUCAACAUCAAGAAGUACUGCAAGAAAGACUACGCCAUCCAGGUACACGUGCUGAAGAAGGAGGCGGUGGGCGAGUGGACCAAGUUCAGCGUGAACGUGGUGGCCGUGUUCCGGCGCCGCAGUGGCGGCGGCGGCGGCGGCGGCGAGGGCCGGGCGCGCCGCGGCGACCUCGCGCUCUGGGUGCCGAGCCGCGACGUCGCGUGCCGCUGCCCGCGCCUGCAGGUCGGCCGCAAGUACCUGGUGCUGGGCGGCGAGGCCCACCAGGGGGCGGGGGCGGCGGGGGCUUCCGAGUGGGGUGCUGGCGGCGGCGGCGGCGGGGGCCCACCUCCGGCCGCGAUCGCCGCCACCGGAGGGCUCCUGGCCGACCGCUCAAGCAUGGUGGUGCAGUGGCGCGACACGUGGGCGCGCCGCGUGCGGAAGUUCCAGCAGAGGGAGAAGAAAGGCCGCUGCGGGAAGCUAUGAGGCCCACCUCCACCCCCCCCUCCCACCGCGUCUCUCCACCAACACCCCCCAACCCGUCGACUCUCGGCCGAGCCGAACCGCCCCAUCCCGUCCUCCCGGCCCGGUGCUCCUCUGCGGUCGCGAGAGAGAGAGAGAGAGCGAGCGUCGGUCGCGUGAUGGAUCGCCGCCGGUAGUCCGACCCGUGGCGUGCGGGAGGCCCACGUGGAUUGCGUGCGCGUCGCUUCUCUUUGUUUCGCCGAGCUGGACAAACGGAGCGAGCCGCGUCGAGGUCGAGGCCUUGACUCGGCCAGGGGACUUCCGCAGAAGCGCGGAGAAACAAAAUCGACGGAGAGCGAAGCUGCAGCCGCGGGCCCGUCACUUUUCACGGCGUUCCAACAGCGUCAGGUUCAUAAUCGGCGGAGCGUGUCCGCGUCUGUGUCCUUGUGCACGAGUUAGUAAACUAUAAUUCCCACCUUCGUCCCCCGUAUAUAUGUAUGCGCCUGUAUAUACAUAUAUAGCAAGCAUACAAUGUUUUUUUUAUUGCAUGCUUAAUGUGUUGUGAAGCAUAACAGCAAUGACUGCGAUGUUAUACGGCUCGAGUGAACAACUUCAUCUUGACGGGGAAGAGCUGAGCAACUUGCAUUAGGGAUGUUGACACGAUCACCAGUCACAACGCAUAGCUUACACAUGUCCGUUCACACCAUGUUGGCAGAUUUACGAAAAUACCACCACAGAAUAACGACUGAAGCAAACUGAAUGCAGUUCAUAUUCAAAUCAUGGGUUCCGGGCAAUCCGAAAAAAGAACGAGUUAUCGUUUAUGAUCCCACCAUAACGAUCACAAUGUACCACCUGCGCUAUUCCCUUUCAGUAAAUGAAUAUGGAAUGGAAGGACUUUCACUGCAAAUUCGUAACAUUCACAACUCUCACGAGUAAAUUACUCCAGGGAGGUCAUUUAAUUCUCACUCUUGCAUGAUCGCUCCCAGGUUGUUACCGUUCCUGUUAGAAUUUGCCUUCGCACUGAGGAUGUGAUUCGGAUCCGUGAGAGAUGAGAGAUUGGAGAGGUUUUCAUACCAGCAGUGGAUUGAGCGUGGCUGAUGGUGACGACAAUGAAUUUAUUUAAUUUGGUGAAUCUCUUUCAAUUGACGUGGCAAUGGACAGACACGUUGCCCUAUAUCACGUGCACCGAGUGUGCAUUCAGCCAACGCGUGCAUUUUAAAGAACGGUGUCUUUAAAAUACGUCGGUGUCAUUUGGAACGUGCUCACAUGUAUAAAAGUUAUGCGCGCGCGCACACACACACAGAGACGCAACGCACUGUAAUUUAGAAGUCUACGUUUGCUCGUUAUGAAUUUAUUGUAAGGCAAAGUAGCGGUAAACGCAUAAAGCUGGCCGUCCUGAGAAUUCACGAACUCACGCGCGUCGUCCUAUCGCUAUCUGAAGCUAGCAAGACAAAAAUCACCUAAUCAUAAAGUAUAACAAUCAACGCAAAGUAACGCGAAAUAAAUCAUUUACUGAAUUUAUCUCACAAAUUGCCUUUUGACGGUGGGCCAGAAUGGCUGCAUUGAAAGCUUACGGUGUGCGUGGCAUUUGCUGUUUUCCUUUUAACCGAAAAAACAAAGCUCCCCAAUUAAGUCUGCAACCGAGGCGGCCAGGGAGGAGGAGGCGCAUCGAGACACCGCGCACCCUGCAGGGUGGUGGUGGUGGUGGGGCAUGGCGCGAGGGGAGGGCGCGGCUGCGCUCCGUUCUCCCACCGCGCCGCCACUGGCCGCAACUCUCGUCGUAUUUUGCCUUUCCCCUUCGAGUGCUGGAGCAGCCGCGCCGCUCAUAGCGCUCGCUGCGCAGCAGCGCCGCUCAUAGCGCUCGCUGCGCAGCAGCACUGGGACAGAGAGCCGGGGUCUCGCUGGGCCCCCGCUGCCUUCGCUCGCGGUGGACAUCACCAAACCUCGAGUAGAGAUUCUUUUCGAACGAGAAUUUAACGGAAAAAAUGUAUUCAUCAUAGGGCAUCGCGGUUUGCAGUUCAGCGGCCAAUGUGACGACGUCGUUUUGAUGAUGUCUGUGAUCCUCUUCUUCCGCAUGGAGGCGGGCACUUGAUCGGCGGCGUUUGUGCGAUCACGCCGAGGUGAGCCAGCGGGACGGCUUCACGUGUAGCCUCAUGGGGAAUGUCCGAAAUGCUGCCGGCGAAGUGAUCAAAGCGGGCAGUGGCGUUACCGUGCAGUCCACGGUUCUGGAUCGGUCGCUGCGGUUGCACUCAACCUUCCCCGGUGUCGCUGUGCGUUCCUUCCCGAUUGUCCAUGGCUUGCAGGCAAACAUCGCCACAUGCCAAACGUAGCUCUUAACUAUCCAUUUCUUAUGUUUGCCUUCAGAGCGUUUUAGUAAACAUUAUGCGACCCCCAAAAUCUUCCACGCUGAGUGCCAAUUCUCUGGCAAUGACUGACAGCAUAGAGCGCUCAUCUGGUUAAUGUGCGACACUUUUGAAUCUGCCCUUUGAUCAUCGUUUUCUUUACAAGAAACGCCGAGCACGAGCCACUGCAGGCAAGGCGGUCGUGCAGGAGACGCGUGCGCGCGCGUGGGUGGCAUUCAUUGCGUUUGGGCCACGUCACUUUGAGGCCUGUUGCCGUCCUCCGCUUUGCUGUCGCUGGCGUUUGCUUGCCAGGUGACGGUAGAAAUAUUUGUGAGUGCGCAGAGCGUCAAAGUGCUUCUGGUGGUGUCUCGACGCGGUGCGGGAGCUCUGGACCCCAGGGUCGAUCCAAUGGCAUCCUCGGACAACUUUUUUGAUCAAAUAACAAAACACGAUUCCGAAUUGUACGCGUAUAUUUUCAUACAUGCCACAACGUCAUUAUUCGCGUCAUUGUGGAGAAUAAAAGUGACAAAAUACAUCAUCAGACGGUAUGACUCCUUCCCAUAUCUGUUCCUCCGUAUAAAAGAUAAGAGUGGAGAACUUUUUGUGGUGGUGGUAAUUGGUUGCAAGACGGUUUCCUUGCAUUGAACCAAUGUUUCUGAAAAAAUAGCUUCCAGAAGGAUGUGUGGCUGAUGGGAUGUGUAAAAAAUACUUUAACUCGUUAUGUGGAGAGACAGAUAUGGAAGUGGGCCCUAUUGUGUGAUUAAUUGUUUCGUAACAAAUAUUUUAAGGUAUUUAUACGAAUGAGGAUGUCAAUUAAUUUAGCAAAUAAACAAUUGAACCUUUUAAUUUCUCGAUAGAAUAUGAAUAAAUCCUUGCCUAUAUUUGAAUAUAGUAGACUCGGACUCAGCUGAAUUCAUCGGGCCCUUGCUGAAAAUGGUUCUGCAUUUAAGAAACCAGAGUUGUGAACACGCUUAAAGUAAAACCAUGAUGAUUUCCAGUCCUUGUGAAGGGACGAAAGCAUUUGUGAUAUGCACCUCGGCAAGAGCCUCUUACAUAGCAACAUUUACAAUAAUCCAGAGUCUUACAAAAUUAUCCGACAGGAUUAUUAAGUGUUCUAUAUAAUUUUAGGGUAACAUAAGAUAUUGAGGAUUUUUUUAUGUGAUAAGUUACGCAUUUUAUUUCGCUAGUUUAAGAUAUCUUUAAAUAUCUUGGUGAUUUAAUUGUAAUAGUCCUGACUACCACUGUCAUUUUCCACUUAAUACAUAUAAACUACCACAGAUGAUGCCAUAUAGGACAUUUCGUAGUGUUUGAAAAGCAAAGCGUUCAUUAAGAACUCUACGGCAAUUGAAUGCCAUGCGUGGUCCUACAGGAUUGAUUUGAGACUCCGAUGCGAUGCGCUGCAUUGUCACGGGACUGCGUGGCAAGGUGGCGCAGUCGUAACAAUCGAGCCUCAAAGAAACACGCGCCUGUGUUCGAUUCCCGACUCAAGCACCUUUCUGUGUGGGGUUUAGAUGUUUCUCCCGCUGUUCUGCAUGGGUUUUCCUCCCAUAGCGAAUACAAAAAAACCGCAAUGUAACUGAUAAUGGCCCAACAUCCCAUUGCUGACAAAUUACUUGCAAAUUCAUGAAUUUGGAUUACACAGCAACAUCGCUCCCUACUGCGAAAACUUAGCGGUGUCCCUCCUAAAAAGAGGCUGACUUCCUGGUGAAACAAGGGUGGUGAAAAAUAAUUAAAGAUCUACAGCAUCGAUGUUCGAUCGUAUUCAUCGGAUAAGAUGUUAAUCUUUGGUCACUGCUGCCUUGUCAGUUAGAGUAUCUAAGCUAUCAACGGUGAUAAACUGCUACACUGCGGUAAUAUAAAAUAUUGAAUCAAUGCAGUAACGCUUCACACUCGAAACGUGUUGUACGAUUCUGCAGAAUCUCACACAGAGUCCCACCGCCUGGAGCUGGAUUGAUGUCGCAGUGUUGUUAUUAAAGUGCUGUAGGGUGUGUAGGGUUUUAACGAUUAGUCAAGCUUUAUAUGAAACAAGGAACUCUCGACAAAGCGACCGUGUGAUGAUCCUUGUGGAAAAGUGAAUGCUUAAUUUUAAGAAGUAAAUGCAGAUUGUGUGCAUGGUUUAAAAAUCAUCUGUUAGAGUUUGUGUAAAGUGAAAAGCUAAAAUGUCGCCGCGGUCCUCGGUGUGACUUUCAAUUGUGGAGCAGAGUUAGGUUUGUGGAGCCCUAAACGACGAAAGUGCCAAGUUGGUGGGGAUAUGAAAAUGCACAGGAAAGCUGACAACUCCGAUUCAAACCAAGUUGAGCCAACUAGUCAUGUUUACAGAGUAUAGAGAGUUCGAGUUACAUUGCAAUGAUAAAAACCAUAUUGUUCAGCAUUUAGACUGCAGGGCUUCCAGACGAUGAAGCGGAGUGGUCACGUUUUAAAGAGAGAUCUUGUGAGCUCUGUCAGUUUCUCCAGAUUUAGACCGUGUCUUGAAAUGAGCAAUUAUCCAAUUAAUUAUCAUGGCCAACAUGACGUUUAAUUGUUCAAAUAUCCCCAAUAGGUACGCCGUGCAUAGAGCGCAUUAAACAAAUGGCCGAUGAAUGGGCUAAUAGGGCAGCAUUCCAUUUAAAUGCGGCAUCGCAGCAACUUAAAAUUAAGCAUUUUCGAUAUAAAAGUGGAUUUUAUAACGUUGGUAGACUAAAGACGAAGCGGUCGUUUUGAAGCAAGUGUCACAGGGUAAACGGUUUGUAAAAUGCGUUUGUAUAAAGUGUUGUGUAUAUAACGAGUGUUCAGUAACCCUCUGUGUGUCCUUUAUAUGCCUGGCUUGGUAGUCACUUUGCCUGUGAGUUCGUGGAGUGAGAGUUGAGGGCACAGUUAACCUUUGAACUUUCACAAGUAGGUGUUAACCUCAGAACGCAUAGUAUUAUUUUACUACUUUUAAACACUUUACAAUAAUUCAAUGUUAGUUUCGUAGUUAUUUUUUUAAAGGUUUUUUUUUAAGGUUUUUUGUUUUUUUCAAUUUACCUAUACACUAAUAUAUUGCCCCGUUGCAUUAUAUAAAAUAAAUAUCUUAUUUAAUUUAAAAGACUGUUUGUUUAUUUUAUCAUUUAGAAAUCAAAUUGAAGAUUUUCUUAGCGUUGUGAAUAUCUGCAAUUUUACGCAAUAUUAGGCAUAACUUUAAAGGACAUUUAAGCAAAUAAAGGUUUUAAAAAUUACGACUGAAAGCUUUUUGCUUGGUUUUUAACAGUUGUCUGUCGUUAUCAAUCGUAAUAAACGCAACCUCACUGCAACAA